AUGUUUAACAGCAGCAACAACAGUGUAUCGAUCUCAGUCUCCGACGACGAGUCUAACGAUUUGAAUCGGAUCCGGGCUCGAACCCGUAGAAAGCGGAAGAAAUCGGUUCACAAAACCAGCUUCGAGCUGCCACGGUACCUUCUUAGGGCUUUCCUUAGGUACUGGGUCGUUUUGGUUUUCCUUCUAGCUGUCGGAUUGCUCGUCUUCGAAUCAACGAGGAUCGGGAGGAAAUCGGAGAAUUCGAAACUCAACGAGUUGAAGAAACCAGAUUCGAGUGGAAAAGAGAGUCCAAGCAAGAAAAAUGAAGGAAAUUUGAACAGAUUGGAUCCUACCACUAAGGUUAUUGGUGGUGUUAGGCAACGUUGUUUGAAGCUUCUGCCUCCUGAUGAGCUUGAGCAUCUUGAUAUCCUAGAGCAUAGAGAUUCAAGCUCUCCUGUUAAACAAGUCGUGUAUCUAACCGAUACAGAUACCUCGAUGGGUGAAGAGAAAGCUGUUCGUGUUAAUGGGACGCGGUUUAAUUUAUUUACGGGGAACCAGACUUUUGCUGAGAGACAGAAUAGUUUUCAGGUAAGUGGAACAGUUUCAGUGCAUUGUGGUUUUUUCAAUGAAAAUGGGGGAUUCAGGAUUUCAGACAAGGAUAAGGAGUUUAUGCAAACAUGCCAAGUAGUAGUCUCGACUUGUGCGUUUGGUGGUGGAGAUAACCUUUACGAACCUAUUGGAAUGUCAAAGGCAUCAACUCAAAAGGUUUGCUACGUUGCGUUUUGGGAUGAAGUUACUCUCGCAGCACAGGAAACAGAGGGUCGUAAGAUUGGUGAGAAUGGAUACAUUGGAAAGUGGCGUAUUGUGGUAGUAAAGGAUCUGCCUUUUACAGACCAAAGGCUUAACGGAAAGAUCCCAAAGAUGUUGGCACAUCGCCUUUUCCCGGAUGCGAAGUACUCGAUUUGGGUAGACUCAAAGUCCCAGUUUAGAAGGGACCCACUCGGUGUACUAGAUGCUCUUCUUUGGCGAACAAACUCAGUGCUUGCAAUUUCAGAACAUGGAGCUCGAAGCAGUGUAUAUGACGAGGCAAAAGCUGUUGUGAAGAAACACAAAGCUACACCCGAAGAAGUUGAAGUGCAAAUAAAUCAAUACCGACGUGACAAAUUACCAGAAGAUAAAAGAUUCAACGGGAAAAAAGCUUUGUCUGAAGCCUCUGUGAUUGUGAGGGAACACACUCCAUUGACRAAUUUAUUCAUGUGCCUCUGGUUCAAUGAAGUGGUCCGAUACACUUCGCGUGAUCAAUUGAGUUUCCCAUACGUUCUUUGGCGAUUGAAAGUUCUCAAGAACAUCAACAUGUUUCCUGUGUGUACACGUAAAGAUCUCGUCAAUAGCAUAGGACAUGUACGUAAGGCGAAACCUUUACUUAGUCGAUAA